AUGCGAUCACAUUGGAUUACUCUGCUGCUCUGGGGUGUCGGCUCCGGCAGUGCACGGGCUAAGGCACAGGACGCAUGUGUAGAUGCAUCAAUGGUUGCACAUGAGGGAGCUCCAGUUGGAACGGAGGAGAUUGUCGACGGAGUGACCCUAUAUAUCACAAAACCCGAAGGAGAGCCCAAGGCUGCGGUGCUGUAUCUAACCGACGUGUUCGGCAUCCAGCUGGUCCAAAACAAGCUUCUCGCCGACAGCUUCGCCCGCGCAGGAUACCUCACUGUAGCGCCGGACCUCUUCAACGGCACGCCCGCCAAGGCCGACAUCAACAUCUCCAACCUCGCGGCCGCCACCUUCCUGGCCGCCCACGACGCCAGCGACACGGACGCCAUCGUCGCCAAGGCGGUCGCCUACCUGCGCGACACCGCGGGGGCCAAGAGGGUCGCCGCCACAGGGUACUGCUUCGGCGGCCGGUUCGCCUUCCGCGUCGCCGCCGAGGGCAAGGGCGCAGACGCCGCCUUCGCCGCGCACCCUGCCAAUCUCGAGGACGGCGAGAUCACCGCCGUCAAGGGGCCGGCUUCCGUUGCUGCUGCCGAAACCGAUUCGAUGAUGUCUCCUGAGAGGAGGGGCGAAAUUGAGGCUCUCCUGCUGAAGGCAGGAGUGCCGUACCAGUUUGCUCUGUAUUCGGGGACCUCGCACGGGUUCGGCGUCCGAGCCAAUAUAUCGGACCCGCAGCAGAAGUUCGGAAAGGAGUCGGCGUUCUUGCAGGCGGUCAGAUGGUUCGAUACCUGGGUAGCGACCGAGUGA